UAUUUUGGCGGCAAAAUUUUAUUGGGCAUCGUGAUUGAGGCGUUGGUAUUAAAAAUAGUAAAUUAAAAAAGUUUGAUUUUAAAGAAGCCACUUUGCCGGUUGUAAUCAAUUAAAAUGGACGGCUUUGAUGAUGCGGGCGUAUUUUUCUCCGACAACUUUGGCAACGAUCAACAGUCGAAUGGAGCCCAAAUUAAUUUGCAGGCCGUAAAGAAAAAGUACAAAGAAUUUAUUCGCACUUUCAACGAAGACAAUUUCUACUAUAAAUAUCGUGAUAAUCUCAAGCGAAACUAUCUCAAUGGACGCUACUUUCUGGAGAUCGAAAUGGAAGACUUGGUAGGAUUUGAUGAAACGCUUGCGGAUAAUUUAAACAAACAGCCGACGGAGCAUUUGCAGAUCUUCGAGGAGGCUGCUCGCGAGGUGGCCGAUGAGAUAACGGCACCGCGGCCAGAGCACGAGGAACACAUGCACGACAUCCAAAUACUGCUGAUGUCCGGCGCAAAUCCGACAAAUAUCCGUCAACUGAAAUCGGACAGCGUUUCACGGCUGGUGAAAAUUGCCGGGAUUAUUGUGGCUGCUUCGGGCAUUCAGGCGAAGGCGACACGCAUGUCGAUCAUGUGCCGCUCUUGCAGCACUGUUAUACCCAAUCUGAAGGUGAAUCCGGGAUUGGAGGGGUAUGCCCUGCCGCGUAAAUGUAACACCGAGCAGGCUGGUAGACCCAAGUGUCCACUGGAUCCGUUCUUCAUUAUGCCGGACAAAUGCAAAUGCGUCGAUUUCCAAACGCUCAAGCUGCAGGAGUUGCCGGACUUUGUGCCCCAGGGCGAAAUUCCAAGACAUCUGCAGUUGUUCUGCGAUCGUUCGCUCUGCGAACGUGUUGUGCCCGGCAAUCGUGUCCUCAUCCACGGCAUCUAUUCCAUCCGAAAAGUGGGCAAGCCGACGAGGCAAGACGGUCGCGAAAAGGCUGUGCUCGGAGUGCGUGCUCCGUAUAUGCGUGUUGUGGGCAUCAUUGUGGAUGCGGAGGGAGCGGGCGCUGUGUCGCGCUACAAUAACAUCUCCAUCGAGGAGGAGGAGAACUUUAGGCGGUACGCCGCCUCGCCGGAUAUCUAUGAUCGCCUCUCCAAAUCCCUGGCACCCAGCAUCUUUGGCUCGAACGACAUAAAGAAGGCAAUCACCUGCAUGCUCUUUGGUGGCUCACGCAAGCGUCUCCCGGACGGUCUCUGUCGUCGUGGCGACAUUAAUGUCCUCCUGCUGGGAGAUCCGGGGACGGCUAAGUCGCAGCUGCUCAAGUUUGUCGAGAAGGUUGCCCCAAUUGGCGUCUACACCUCCGGCAAGGGCUCGAGUGCAGCGGGUCUCACGGCGUCUGUUAUGAAGGAUCCACACACGCGUAAUUUCGUUAUGGAAGGUGGCGCCAUGGUUCUGGCUGAUGGUGGCGUCGUUUGCAUUGAUGAGUUCGACAAGAUGCGCGAAGAUGAUCGCGUUGCCAUUCACGAGGCAAUGGAGCAGCAGACCAUAUCGAUUGCCAAGGCUGGCAUAACAACCACUUUGAACUCACGUUGCUCGGUGCUGGCAGCUGCCAACUCGAUCUUUGGUCGUUGGGAUGAUACGAAGGGCGAGGAGAACAUUGAUUUUAUGCCAACGAUUCUGUCCCGAUUCGACAUGAUUUUCAUUGUGAAGGAUGUACAUGAUGAGGCCCGAGACAUCACCAUGGCAAAACACAUUAUAAACGUGCAUCUCAGCUCAAACAAGUCGGCGCCAUCAGAGCCGGCAGAAGGUGAAAUCCCCUUGGCCAUGUUCAAGAAGUAUAUUCACUAUUGUCGCACCCAUUGCGGUCCGAGACUCAGUGAGGCUGCUGGGGAAAAACUAAAGAGUCGCUAUGUCCUGAUGCGUUCGGGUGCCGGGCAACAGGAGAAGUCGGCGGAUAAGCGCCAUUGCAUUCCAAUUACGGUGCGCCAAUUGGAAGCUGUGAUUCGUAUUUCGGAAUCAUUAGCAAAAAUGCAUUUACUGCCGUUUGUCACCGAUGAACAUGUGAAUGAAGCUCUGCGCCUCUUCCAAGUGUCUACUCUAGAUGCCGCCACAACGGGUAGUCUGGCUGGUGCCGAGGGUUUCACCACCGAGGAGGAUCAAGAAACUUUAAACCGUAUCGAGAAACAACUGAAGCGACGUUUUGCUAUCGGCUCUCAAGUUUCCGAGCAAAAUAUUUUACAGGAUUUCUUGCGCCAAAAAUAUGAGGAGAGAGCUGUAAUGAAAGUCGUCCAUACGAUGAUUCGACGUGGCGAGCUUCAGCACAGAAUGCAACGCAAGAUGCUUUAUCGUAUUUGCUAAAUUCAAUGAAUUACGAAUCAAUCACAAACAUAACUUAUAUUACAUUUCCAAAAACUAUUUUUCAAUAAAUCAUUUUUACAAUA